AUGCUGUCCGCAUUCAAGGCGCAGGCCGUCUACGAGCUGCGGCAGCGCGACAAGUCCAAGGCGGAAUCGCUGCUGGCGUACGGCGACCGCUUGCUGGUGGGACUGAGCACGGGCGCGCUGCGAGUUUGCCGCGUGAAUGCACCGGGCGCAUCACCAGAGCAGGAGGGUCGCAGCAGCAGCAAUAGCCACGGAAACGCCAACGCCAACGCCAACGAUGGCGAUGGCGAUGGCGAUGCUGCUCCCCCGAGCCCGAGUGCGGCCAAGAGCAAAGUGGUCGAAGUGCUGCACGAGGAGGACAAGUUCAGCAAGAAGCCCGUGCAGCAGCUGGCCAUCAUCAAGGAGGCGAACCUGCUGGUCAGCCUGAGCGAUGCCUACGUCUCCCUGCACCAUCUGCAGACCUUCCAACUGGUCGAGCGACUGGAGCGCACCAAAGGCGCUGCCUGCUUUGCUGUGACCAGCAAUGUUGUCAAGGAUGCAGAGACGAAGGUGCCGAGUCUGGUCUCGAGAUUGGCCGUCGGCUCCAAGAGAAAGGUCAUGUGCUGGACGUGGCAAGAUAUGGAGCUGGCAGAAGACAUAGUGGAGAUCAAUAUGGAGGCCAGCUUGAAGAGCCUGAACUGGACCGACGGCACUCGUCUGAUGGUUGGCAUGGACCCGGGCUUCAGUGUGCUAGACAUCACCACGCAGGAAGUCACGCCCGUGACCAAGUCGGCGCCGAAGACUGCGAGCAGUGCAGAUCUGAACAACGGAGAGCUCGUGGGUGUUCGCUUCGGCGCUGUGAGUAGCAGCGGUAUGGGCUACAUGGGUAUGGGCAGUUGGGUACCGAAGCCGAUGGCUACCCCGAUGACUGGUGACGAGGUCUUGCUAGCCAAGGAUGUGAACACAUUGUUCGUAAACACAGAGGGUAAGCCGCUGGAGAAGCGUCAAAUCCCUUGGGCUCAGGCUCCAGAAGCUAUAGGAUACAGCUAUCCGUACUUGCUGGCACUCAAUCCACCAGACAAGGGCACACUACAGAUACGCAGUCCUGAUACAUUGUCGUUACUGCAGACCAUUCAGGUCCCGGGCGCAAUCGUACUCCAUGUCCCGCAGCCCAACAUCAGUCUAGCUCAUGCUGGCAAGGGAUUCUUGGUAGCAUCAGAUCGUACGAUAUGGCGUAUGAACGCACUGCCGUAUGAUACACAGAUUGCCGAACUUGUCGAGAAGCAGCGUUUCGACGAAGCCAUCAGUCUUCUGAAUCUACUCGAGGAUACGCUCAUCGACGACAAAGCUGGGCGCAUCCGCGAGAUCAUGACACAGAAAGCCAUCGUUCUGUUCCACCAACAGAAGUAUCGGCCAGCGCUGGACCUCUUCACUCACGCCGAAACUUCGCCCGACCGUGUGGUCGCACUCUAUCCACGGAGUAUUGCAGGUGACCUCUCGAGCAUUGAGGAACAACCCUCGGAGGUCGGACCUGAGCCAGAUGAAGCUGUCGAGGGCAGAAGUGAAGACGCUGGCAAGGAAGCACCAUCGACUCCGCAGAAGGGCAUGCUGGGCAGACUUCGAGGUAGCGCACGGAAAGCUGAACCAGACGCAGCAUCAAUCAGGUCUCCAGCGAGGAAGGACACAGACAAUAUGACCGUUCGAACGAAGGCAGGCCCAAGCAAACCUCAGGACAAGCCACUGGAGGGUGAUGACCUCAAAGUUGCUGCCCAUUGUCUGACCUCCUUCCUGGCUGAUGCGCGUCGACGAAUGCCGAUAUACCUAAAUCCUGACGGAUCGCUCAAAGAAGAUCCGCCCACGCUCGACUGCGAGACUGGCAAACCAGCGUUUUGCAAUCUUCUGCCCCAAGCCAUCGUUGACGACCUCAAAGCCGGACUGGAAAUCGAAUGGCAGGCCGAGCUUCUCAAGGUGGCCAAGUUGGUUGACACGACGAUCUUUCGAUGCUACAUGCUCGCUAAACCGGGCAUGGCAGGGUCACUGUUUCGUGUUGACAACUUCUGUGACCCCGAAGUGGUGCAGUCAGCGCUUUAUGAAAGUGAAAGAUACAGCGAUUUGAUCGAGUUUCUACAUGGGAAGAAAUUACAUCGCCAGUCGCUCGAGAUGCUCGCCAAGUUUGGCAAGAACGAGGCUGCUGCUGAAGUUCCCGAAGGCAUGCUAGGACCUGAGCGCACUGUUGCAUAUCUGAAACAACUGCCACCUGAGCUCGUUGAUCUUGUCCUAGAGUUCGUGCGAUGGCCAAUGGAUGAGAAGCCCGAAGUGGGUAUGGAAGUAUUCCUGGCUGACAGUGACAAUGCUGAAAGGCUACCACGAGACAAGGUACUGAAAUUCCUGAGCGGCAUAGAUCCCAGAUUGGAGGCACAGUAUCUGGAACACAUCAUCAACGAGCUCAACGACAACACGCCCGACUUUCAUCAGCAGCUUGUGGAUGCCUACCUCACAGAGCUGAAACAAGUUGACAUCCUGGAAGAAGAGCGGAAGCAGGCAAAAGCGCGGCUAGAGGCGUUUCUCACACGAAGUAGAGACUAUAACAAGCGCAAGACGUUUCAACAGCUGCCUACUGAUGAGCCGACGUUCUAUGAAGCACGCGCCAUCGUCGUCAGUGCUAUGGGUAACCACAAACAAGCACUGUCCAUCUACGUUUUCCAAAUCAAGGAUUACGAGAUGGCUGAGGCUUAUUGCAAUAAGCUGUACGCUCAAGAGCAAGCUGAUGAGCAAACGUGUCUGCUCGAAGGUACUACUACACAUAAGAAGCACUUCAAAUCGGCGCCCGAAGACGCUUCUGACAAGAACAUCUUCGCAAUCCUGCUGGGGCUGUACCUGAGACCACCGUCUGGAGAGGAGAAACGCUGGCCGCAGGCCCUAGACUUGCUUAGUAAACACGGACCACGUCUGCCAGCAAGUAGCACUCUCGACCUAAUGCCAGAUGACCUGGCGGUGAAGGAGCUUCAGGACUACUUUCGCGGUCGCAUUAGGAACGCGACCUCCAUCCUUCGCGAGGAGAUGAUCGUGCGGAGUCUUGAAGGCGUGCGACGAGCGAACACCGAGCGUACCCUUCUCGUUGGGCCUGAUGACAGUGGUCAUGACAAGCCACUAGGCAAAAACAGAAGGGUGCGCAUUGGAGAGGACGAUCACUGCAAGGUAUGUUUGAAGCGUUUCGGCGCAAGCGCGAUCAGAGUGUAUCCUGACAACGAGGUGAUACAUUAUGGCUGCAUCGGGCGAAGUGGCAACAACAGGAUGCGAGAAGGUGGCGGGCGUGGUCUAGGAGCACUUCGCAGCUCUGCUGGGUGGGGAUGA